AUGGCCUUAGAGCCAGGUCAAAGCAAUGGUAGUCUCAGAAUUAAAGGUGGUGAAAGUGAGGCUACUUCACCAACAUCUCAGUCAUCAUCUCCACAUGAAAGCAGUCAUUCGACAAAUGACUCAGAGAAAUAUGUAGAGGUAGCCCAAGAUGAAUCUUGGUUGAAAGCAAUGCAGGAUGAGUUGUUCAUGAUUGAAAAGAAUGACAUGUGGGAGUUAGUAGAUAGACCAUUUGAGAAGCUAGUUAUUAGAGUCAAGUGGGAAGAGGUCUAUGUAAAUCAACCAGAAGGUUUUGUGAUCAAAGGCAAGGAAGACAAGGUUUAUAGGUUUCAUAAGGCUCUUUACGAGUUGAAAAGGCCCUUAGAGCCUGGUAUGGAGAAAUAG